AUGCCGCGCCAACUAAAACACCACGAGAAAAAACUCCUCCGAAAAGUAAACUUCAACACCUACAAAACCGAAAACAACCACCGCGAACAAUCCAUCCGCGCCCGGUACUAUCUGCAAGGAACGCAGGACUACGUCAAAUACAACGUCCUCUGCGGCAACCUGCGAAGCCUGGCGCACAAACUCUCUGCUCUGGACCCGUCCGACCCGUUUCGCAAACAACUCGAGUCUGAGAUGCUGGAAAAGUUGUGGGCGAUUGGAGUGCUCAAACAGUCGCGCGAACAAGGGGCGGGAUUGUCCAAGGUGGAACACGACGUUACCGUUUCGGCGUUUUGUAGGCGCAGAUUGGGCGUGUUGAUGACGAGGAAUGGGAUGGUGGGGGAUGUGAAGACGGCUGUUACUUUGAUUGAGCAAGGACACGUCCGCGUCGGAACGCAGGUUGUUACUGAUCCUGCAUUUCUGGUCAAUCGAAACAUGGAAGACUUCGUUACGUGGGUCGACUCGAGUAAGAUCAAGAGGACUAUUAUGAAGUACCGGGACAAUAUGGAUGAUUUCGACUUGAUGGUUUGA